CUCCUUUGACGGAUUUUCAACAUCCUGAUGUAAAACGUUGUGUCCGCCUCACUUGCCAUUAUUCUGCCCGUAACCUUGUAGUGCGUUGUGAGGCAUCUGCGAGGCGUAGGGCACAUCGGUUCUAGAGGCUGGCACGGAAAUCCACAGACUUGCUAAGGAGGCAAACUUCACGAUCUGCUGGCAAUGAAUGAAGCCAGUGAAACACAGGGGACCUAUGACUAUGACCUGAUUGUCAUUGGAGGUGGCUCUGGGGGGCUGGCAGCUUCAAAGGAAGCGGCCUCAUAUGGGAAGAAAGUGCUCGUCUUGGAUUACGUCACACCCACACCUCGCGGAACUACAUGGGGUCUUGGAGGGACGUGCGUCAAUGUGGGCUGCAUCCCAAAGAAGCUGAUGCACCAAGCAGCACUUCUACAUCAGAGUCUCGAGGAUGCCAGGAAGUUUGGCUGGACCUUUGAGGAGAAAGUCCACCACGACUGGGCGACUCUGAGGGAAGCCAUUCAGAAUUACAUAGGCUCCCUAAACUGGAGCUACAGGGUUUCCUUGAGGGAGAAUGCUGUUACAUACGUAAAUGCUUAUGGAGAAUUUGUGGGACCUCAUAAGAUCAAGGCAAAAGAUAAGAAAGGGAAAGAAACAUUCUACACUGCUGAAACCUUUAUCCUAGCCACGGGGGAGAGACCUCGGUACCUGGGUGCUGAGGGUGAUAAAGAAUAUUGCAUCACCAGUGAUGACCUGUUCUCUUUACCCUACUGUCCUGGAAAGACUUUAGUGGUCGGAGCUUCCUACGUUGCCCUGGAGUGUGCAGGGUUUCUCGCGGGACUCGGGCUGGAUGUGACGGUAAUGGUUCGCUCCAUCCUGCUGCGUGGAUUUGAUCAGCAGAUGGCAGAUCUGAUCGGGGACUACAUGGAGUCCCAUGGAGUCAAAUUCAUUCGUCAGUUUGUACCAUUUAAGAUUGAAGAACUUGAAGCAGGGACACCAGGGAAGUUGAAAGUAACUGCUCGAUCUACAGUCAGCUCGGAAACCAUUGAAGGGGAAUAUAACACUGUAUUGCUGGCGGUCGGGAGGGACGCCUGCACCAAAAAUAUCGGCUUGGACAAAGUGAGAGUAAAAGUCAAUGAAAAGUCUGGCCGGAUUCCUGUCAAUGACGUUGAGCAAACAAAUGUACCGUACAUUUAUGCCAUUGGUGACAUUUUGGAUGGGAAGUUGCAGCUCACCCCAGUGGCCAUUCACGCUGGUCGCUUGCUAGCCAAGAGGCUCUAUGGAGGAUCUACUCUCAAGUGUGACUACGUGAAUGUGCCCACAACAGUCUUCACUCCUUUGGAAUAUGGCGCCUGCGGCUUUUCGGAAGAAGCAGCUAUGGAAAAGCUUGGGGAGGAGAAUGUGGAGGUCUAUCACAGUUACUUCUGGCCACUGGAAUGGACAGUCCCAUCAAGAGAUAACAACAAGUGUUAUGCUAAGAUUGUUUGCAACAAGCAAGAUCAGAAAAGGGUAAUUGGUUUCCACGUUCUGGGCCCAAAUGCUGGAGAGGUCACCCAAGGAUUUGGUGCAGCAAUGAAGUGUGGAAUGACGAAAGAGCAGCUCGACAACACAAUAGGGAUUCAUCCGGUGUGCGCCGAGGUGUUCACCACACUAUCAAUCACUAAAGAGUCGGGUGCAAGUGCCCAGGUGUCGGGCUGCUGAGGUUAAGCCCUGCUGUUGCCACAGUUGUUGCAUCGGUUCACUUCAUCCCCAGCUAACACUGUCCAGUCUGAAACCUUCACUUUUGAGACACGGUCCCACCCCGAAGGACUGGUGUUCACUGUAGGUUCCCUGACAGUGCGAGAUGAUGUUGAUACCGUCGACAGCUAGUGCAACGGCAGGGUUGCUGCUCGUUCCCCGAAGCAAGCUGAUGCAUUGCAGAGCAUCGUCCCGAUGCUGUCAUGAAGUCUCGGCCUGGAACCAGUUUCAAGUGGAAGGCUGCGGCAGAAGAUUGCAAGCACGGCUUGGCAACUCUCAGCGAUUCUGGGCAUGGUCUUCCAAUACCAUACCAACACAGACCAAAAUUUAAAGCAGGAAAACUCACGUAUUGAAUUGUCUGAUGUUUGUGUGUAUUCCUUUUUCGAAUAAUGGGGUUUACUUUUUUUUAAAUCAUCCUGCACAUUUCAAAUAUUCAUUGAAUUUUUGUAUGAAUAUUUUAUUAUUGCGCAUAAUAUAUUUUCUCCAGUUCUCUGUUCAGAAUAAUGGGAGUGCAUUUGGUAUUUACCUCAGCUUGAUCUGUUGCCGGUUUUACCUUCUCCCCCCCCUCCCCAAUAAACAGUUAAUGUGUGAAGCAGAGACACUGUACUGAUGCUGCAGUCAGUGCCUAAUUAAUCCCCAGUAUUAGAACUUCGUAGACAUUAAUUUUGUGCAGCAGUUCCUGAUGUUAAAAGGCACUGUCCCUCAAACAUUCUUGUGAUCACUGUAACCUCUGAAAAUUCUCUGUAGUAUCUUUUGCAUAUCACUCUCCAGCACAGAAAGAGCCCUGAAGCGACCUUCGCUGGCUUCUAGAGCACGUUGGUGAUCCCCUUUUAAAGGCAGCUGCAGUGCCGGUGAGUCACCUGCUGGAGUUGGUCCCUACCUAAGCUAAAAUCGUGGCAAGUCUGCAGUGGCAGACUGCCCAGAGUCCAGGGCACAAGUGCCUUGUGUAAAUGUAGCAUCAGGUGUGAUUUUAAAAAUACCUGUGUAAAUGUAAAGCUGUUUUGUUUCAUGGCUGCUGCUGUAACAUCAGCUGUACCUUAGGUUGCUGGCUUUUUAUAAAGGCCAAGCCACUUUGUACCGACGUUUCCUUUUGUACUCGGAGCUUGGGAAUAGUUUCUUUGCAGAACAUCCUGCCUGAAAAUUUUUAGGAAAAGUUAUUUCAAUGGAAAGCCUUGUUUGGAUAAUAAAUGUGAUACACUGUACCUCACAGAUCUUUCUGUCAAUUGUUAUUACGUUUGGUGCUGAAAGCAUGUUGGCUCCCAAUGUGAUGUCCAACCCUCCCAGAAGUACUCAGAUCUGUGGCAGAGUGGGGCUGGACCACUGACGACUACAACUCCCAGAGGCACCAUUCGGGAAGUUAAAGGAUUAUUACUCUUUUUUCAAAGACUGGUGACUAAUGUACCAGUGACACAAUUGUCUAUCAUGGUUAAGAUUUGAACUUCAUUGGCAUUGGUUCUAAAAUGAAUGUAAUUGACUUUGUAGAAAAUUAAAAUAGUUUUUGCUUGA